AUGCGGGCCGACUUCCUUCUUCCACCAUUGCUUGGUGUGAUUGCCUUGCUUGCUUGGCCUGUGUCGGUCGCAUCCUCUCUUACCUAUUGUUCUUCGGCAAAUACAGGCUCCUCGCAGGCAGCAAACGAAAGUACCUACCAGUCCAAUGGUCUUUGCGAGGACCACUGCAGCAACUAUGCGUUUGGAAUCCUUCAAGGGUACGACUGCUGGUGCUCGAACAUUGUUCCCAAUGAGGCGACCAACGUGAACGUUUCGCAGUGUAGCCAGGAUUGUCCUGGUUACCCCGAUGAUAGCUGUGGAAGUACUUCGAAGGGCCUUUACGGUUACGUUGCGAUCGUUGGACAACAGCCGUCCGGAACAGCGACCGUCUCUACGACAUCGACAUCUUCUACCUCGGUCAUCGCCAGGCAUGCUAGUCUUCUAUGGCUGGACGUUCCCCGCAUGGACCGUUUCUCUGGCACAGCGAACAAGCUUGUUGACAGUGUUGCUAUCAACUGUGCCAUGGCUGCUUCGAUCGCUGAAACAUCUUCAUCAUCUGAAACUACUGCCGCUACUACGACGGGAGAAUCUGUGGCGGUCACAACCGACUCUGGUGUGGUCAAAACGGUCACAAUUCCCGCUGCCACAAAAGCAACUUCAACGUCUGCAGCGGACAACCUUUCAUCCGCAAAGAGUGACAACAACUCUGGAAUGAGCUCGGGUACCAUCGCUGGUGUCGUGGUAGGCUCCGUUGGUGGUGCACUCGCCAUCCUAGCCCUGAUAUUCGUGUUGUUCUUCGCGAAACGCAAAUCGCGGUCGAACAGCCCAGAUCCAAGUGUACAGUCCAUCCUGCUGGAUGGAAGACAAAGCAAAGGCUCACAGAUGAGUUUUAUGAAGGGCAUGUUUUCCGACAAUCAUAGUCAUACCUUGUCUGCUGGGUCCGCUGCCAGCCGCUUGCCGACGUUUACGGACAACCGCAUGAAAACCGAUACCGUUCUCUACGCGAAUGGCCGCCGAGAUAGCGAUGUGUCACUCCAGGAUAAUGAAGAUUAUUCUCGGCCUGUGUUGCGGCUCACGAACCCCGACUAA